GAAGCGAAACAUCAGGAAAUUAAACAUAUACAUGAUGAUUGGACCAUCAUUGACAAGAGAAGUUGUAUGGUAUAAAAAAACUUAACGCAAAGCGAGUUGUCAACUCGAUUCGUUAGGCAACAGAACAAUUACCAGACAGUAGUUUUAGUAGCAAAAAUUAAUAUGAUGUAUGAAAUGUAACAUAUAGAGUAUUAUAGAGUCAAAAUAAUUGGAAAUAUGUCAAGUAUGUCCAGAAAAAUAGCAAACUAACUUAAUCCACAAUAUUUAGUUACUCAGUUGUGUUUAUAGCAAAGACAUUUCAAUUUUAGUUUGAAAGUUUGGUGAAAUGUCUUUGUUGCUGCUACGCAUUUGACAACAUCUUUUCUGCACAGGUCAUCUUGAGAGAUGUCUGCCGUGCAGCGUUGCUAGGCAACCCACAGGUGAUUGACAUGACGUACACCUUGGACGACACGACUGUGAACUGGCCUAAGCGGAAACCCUUCCGUCUCACAGAUACAUAUAGAGGCUACCAUUCGAAAGGCUUUUGGUACGAGAGCAGUUCCUAUGAGGGGUUCGAACAUAGCGGCACGCACGUGGACGCGCCUGCGCACUUCUGCAAAGACAAGUGGCGAAUGGACGCUGUUCCACUAGACCGUCUGAUGGGCCCAGCUGUUGUUCUGGACGUGUCCAACAAGACAAAGAACAACGCGGACUACACGGUAACGGCUCAAGACUUCCAGGACUGGGAGGAGAAGAACGGCAGGAUUCCUGACGGAGCCAUCGUGCUAGUUCGAACUGGCUGGGGGCAGUACUGGCCGAACAAACACCAGUUCCUGGGAACAGACACUACCGACACCUCCCUGCUGCACUUCCCUGGAAUAGACCCAGAGGGCGCCCGUUGGCUGGUACAGAACAGAGGCAUGCACGCUGUCGGCAUUGACACCGGAUCUCUCAGUUCUGGACAAUGCGCGAACUUUAUAGCACAUCAGAUAUUGUGCGAGGCAGACAUCAUCGGUUUAGAGAAUGUCGCCAACAUGGACAAACUUCCGCCCACAGGGGCCACUGUGUACGCUCUACCGCUAAAGAUCGGGGAGGGGAGCGGGGGUCCGGCCAGGAUCAUCGGUAUCAUCAACAACCCUGAGGGUGGGGGAGGCAGAGACGAGCUGUAACGUUAGUGGUCCAUGAACAAUGACUUGUUGUGUAGAAUCAUGUCUUGUAUCUAUGCAUCCUCUGGUUGAAACAAAGUGUACAUAGUUCCUAUACCAGAAACGUUUUACAUUAACUGGAUAGUUCGAUACCCAAAUGUUGAAUGAAAACAGUACAAAAGUAUGCCUCAAAAGCUUUCGUUGAUAUGCAAGGUUCUCAAUACAUUCAUACAUGAAUUAAUGUUAUUUCAGCUUCUCGCGAUCAACCACAGUUAUGUACUGUACAAUUGCAUCCACAACAGAAUCACAUGGAACUUGGACAUGUUCAGAACAAUCAAAUGCAGAACCAGCCGGUACGGAGACUCCCACAUUCUGUACCUUAGCUACCUUGCCAAACUUUUAAACUCGCAAAGCUGGACACCCCUAGACUUAAAAACAUUAUUAUUACACGUUUUCCGUCAUUUUCUAUGUGCAAUAUGUUUAUAGUAAGUUUUGAAAAAUACUUUUUUAUCAAGUGUAAUUCAGUAGAUUUUAACUUCAUGUGUAUCAACGACCAUUAAAAACUAUGUUACAUAUUAUUGAGUCGUAUUGUGGAAAAUACUGUAAAUAUUGAUUUUUCUAAUCUAAUAUGCAAGUUAAGUUCUUGAAUAAUUUAAUCAAGUACAUCUCUAUCAAGCAUCAGCGUCAUAGUCACACACACGUGCAUUCUAAAUUAUGCAAAUCCGUUGUUCCUAUGCUUCGUUUUUGUCCUUAGAAGAUUUUGGCACUUUCGGCAUCCUUACUAGUUUUGUUGUAUGAGUGAAAGAAAAUCCAAGGCCAAGUUCGUUCAAGGUAGCUGAACACAGUAUUUAUGCGCGACCCCCGUGGAUCUAUGACUCGGGUACACAAAGUAGUACGGAUAAACUUGAUGAAGGCUUGGUAGAAAGCCCUGAGAGCCAGUAAAAUGUAUCCUGAGAUGUGGUCAAACAAUGUGUCGACUUUGAGACUGUAUGAUUUAAAUUGUGAAAAUUGUCUCUUUCGUGUAUAAAUGCGCCCAUUACACAACUUCCUUUCUAGUGUGAGCCGGCUGCAGUUAUGUGACCCCCGCAGAGUGGCGUUUCAAAGUGGGCGUGAGAGCUAGGGGGAUACGCCGACAAGAUUUAUUGUUUUUUUUUAUAUUUUGUGGCUUGUACCCUUAACUAACAAAUAUCCGUUUUUAGUAUUCCUGAAGUGCAUCCUAGUAUAUUUUUUCGCGUCGACGUUUGUUACGCCCUUAACUAUAGAGAACCACAUAGACCGAAAAAUGUGUGUCUGCUACCUUAAGCCGUAUGCGCACAACUGUAUAGGCCUACGAAAUCUAGACAAUCAAAUUUUAACACAACUGUUUUCACGAGAAAUUCCCAACAUUCCCUGGCGAGAUUGGCCUCUUUGA